UUAAUAAAUUCCUAUCAAAGUCGUCAUAAAAUUUAUUAGAGGCGAAAAAAAAUCAAUGAAUCGUCCAACGCGAUAUUGAAAUGUGUUAUAACGAAAAAUUCAAGGAAUCAAUUUAAUCGAUAAUAAUUAUUUCGAUGUAUCUUAUUUCAUUCAUUCCGGUCUAAUUUCACUCGUGUUCGAAUGUUUAUAUUAUUACGGAGCCCCGUUUUUUCUACUUCACUGUUUUGCUUUGUUAUUCACUCAUUUCAGUCAUAAAAGCACUAUUUUCCGUGAUUUUUCGUACAACUUACGACUUUAAUGUUUUUUUGUCAAAAAAUUCUCUCUCUCGUUAAAAUCACUCAACUCGUGUCGAAACGAAUAUAGUUAAAAGGGAAUUCUUCCUCAUAUUUUGCUUGAACAACAACAAUAGCUGUAGCCGUACGUCGCGUUCCGUCGAUGCAGCGACAAAAUUGAGUAACCUUGCUUAUGCGGCAGUCGUUAUUUACACACUCCGUAAAUAUAGUUCAGUACGUUAUCGUUGUUUGAGCAAGCAAUACCUACAAAGUCGUCAUCGUCGUCAUACGAUUUUUUUUUUCAAUCCAGUGUUACAUGCUGCUUUUUCCUCCAAACAUCAUCCGAACACACCGAAUAACAACAAAUAAUCGUGUUUUUGUCCGUAUCCUAAAUUAAAUUUUAAUAUUUUGAUGAAAUAAUCGCGAAAAAGUUCACAUAUCAUCGCAGAGAAUCAACAAAAUAUGAGGAAAAAUGUGCAACUUGGAGUAUUUUGUGGCGGCAUUCUCACCUGUAGUACUGAUAAAUUUUCGUGAACAAAGGACGUGUUGUAUUAAAAAUUAGAAGAAAAAAAAUAUUUUAAUGAUAAGAAUCAAAAAGACGUAAUUAAAAAGGAAACAUCUGCUCCCCAGAAAAAAUUACAAAAAAAAGUUUUUGUAAAAUAAAAUAAAAGGUGAAACAAAGUAAAAAGGAAGUUCAAUAUUGAACGAACAGAAGAGAAAAUAAAGAAAAGGACGAAAGAAUGCAUUUUCAUCACAAAAUAAUUGGAUUUAGUUUAUUUUAUUUAAUAGUUGUAAGUCGCUUGGCGAGGACGGCAGACUCGGACGUGCUGAACGAAUAUGGCGAGUACGAGGACGAAGAAGAGGAGCUGCAGACCACAAAUGACGAUUAUCGGCAGGUAGAACCGACUUUUGUGGAGACGCCGCACAAGCGAAAACCGGAAAUGCCGUCAUCUGGAGACAUUUCCUGCCCGACGGAGUGUUUUUGCACGCAAAACUCGCACUUUUUCGUCAAUUGCUCAAAUCGUGACCUCACGCAGAUACCAAAAAACCUACCAAAAAUCGUCUAUGAGAUAGAUUUAAGCUACAACAACAUCACCACGCUCGACGUCGACUCGUUCGUGAGUUUGUCGCGACUGUACAAAAUCAAUCUCGCCAAUAAUCAGAUAGAGGAUGUCGAGAGACUCGCCUUUCGUGAUCUAGAAAAUUUACGAAUAAUAGAUUUGACCAAUAACACGCUCACGCAGAUACAGCCGGAGACGUUUAAUGAGGCACGGAAGCUGGAGCAACUUUGGUUAGCGGGAAAUCCGAUCGAGAUGCCGAACAUUGGGCCGUUUUUGGAUCAAAAAGGACUGAAAUUACUCGAUUUGGAGAACUGCAACUUGACGAAUAGUGAUUUGCAAGCUGAAUUGUUCAAGCCUCUUGUGGUGCUAAAGUCACUUAAUUUGAUGAAUAAUUUCUUUGAAGGGAACAUCAACACAAAAACAUUCGCUCCGCUGGAAAAUUUGGCCAAAUUACGGAUUCCAGAGGUGUCGGAAUGGUCAAUUAAGGAGCUUUGCGUAUACUUGAAAGCCAUCGACGUCAUUGAAGUAGCCGGAAAAUACAUGAUCAGCUGUUAUGAGUUGUCCGUGGGAUUAUCCUUUGAAGAAAGUAUCAUUCAGACGUCGACUCAUUCGACGAUUGUGAGACAUUAUGAUGACGAUAUGGGAAUAAAUGACGUCCUUACUGAUGACGAUGAGCCUGAAGUGCAACAAAAAGACACUCCCUCGAACGAUUCAAGGCCCCAAAUGAAUGACACAGACAUCCAAAAUAAGGUUAUCACGACACGCGAAAACGGAUUAGGGACACAGGAACAACAUGUCGACACAGAAAAUGACACAAACGAUCAAGACGUCACCGAAAGAAAGACUUUUGGUGAAAGAUUUAACCUUGCAGACAUUCCUCAAGAAGUUAUUAACCAAAUUUUGAUAGGCCUCAUUCUAUUGAUUCUCCUGUCAAUAAUCAUCAGUAUCGUGUUCAGACGAGAUUGUUGCGGCAUCAAGACCAAAUUGUGUCGAACACGGAGACCGCGACACCCAACGGACCAAGUCAGACCGAUACCUGAAGAAGUUCCCCUGAACAAAAUUACGACAUCGACGUAACUUUUCUGCCAAUAUUCCUUAACGUAUAUAAAUAUUUGUAUAGAUUUUCACUCAAAAGUACUAAAUUAUUGAUAGAUUAAGGAGCUAAGCGGACGGAAAUUAAUUAAAUAAUUUGAAAAGUUUCGAAAAGUAUUAUUCCCUUGAAAUUUCUGUUACUUAAAAAAAGGGGUUUUCAAAAGGGAUACAACGAACAAAAAAUUUCUUUUUUUUUUUGUAUACAAAAUUAGCUGUUAUGACUCUAGUUAGUGGUUACUGUAUUUAUUAUAAUUAUUUGUCCUUUAUAUUCAUAAAAAAAAUAUGUCUCGAUAAGUUUGAUACCAAUUUUGUAGGAAUAAAAAUUAUUAGCAAUGUAGGAAGACAUAGAAUCAAAAUCCUAGUGAAAUAUUAAAAUAUGAAAUAAAUAAAGAAAAAUAUGGAAAAUUUUAAAUGCGUUUCCUUUUUGUUAAGCAGUGAAUGGUUUGUUCACUAAAAACUUUUUUUUCGCAUGAUGCAAGAAUACUUUUUUAUGACUUUUUGUAGUCUGGAAGGAGCCUGAGUACAAUUUACAACCA